AUGAAAACAUUUGAACUGAAAACAAGUCUUCAGGUCAAGUUACGAAGAAAACAAAAAUUUGCUUAUUUACUUGAAACCUCAAAUGGACUCUUAAAGAACAGUUUUAUGACUUCUGGCAAGAGUAAGUCAACUCUUGCACCUUUAUUCACCAUCAACACGUCAUUUCCCAGAGUGUUUUCAUGUCUGCUGGCAGCUGUUGUUGUUGUUGAUCGUUAG